AUGCCUGCCGCAACUAACAAUAACCCGGCCAACUUGGCCGCCAGCAAGAACAGAAACAACCGUAGAAGAAAGAAGAGAAGAACCGAGGAUUUUUCCUCUGAUUCCGACUCCUCUUCCUCUGCUUCUUCCAGCGAGGGGGAAGAUAACGAUGGGGACGUAGACAUGGAUGUCGCCCCAGCUGUCCAUCAAAAGCAAGCCGUUGCCCAAAUAGACAUUGCCGACAUUGAAAUCGAAUCUGACAGUGAAGACGCCGCACAGCUGAAGUUGUCCGACAAAACCAAGGAGCAGUUGAACACCAUAAAGUUGACCUCCACCGCCAUUUCUGCCUCCAACAGUGCCUCUAUCGGUAGUGGCAAACAAAACCAACAGAAUAUCAACUUGAAUAACGUUCGAUCUCAGAUCGAGAAGGACAGAGAAGCCUUACAGACCGACUACUUGAGAUUAAUGGCCCAGACGUUUGACGCCGACAUCGACGAGUUGAGAUGUAAGCCUGACUUCUUGGCCAAUGCCGAGAGCGGUAAGUCGUUGAUCAUGUUGGCUAAGGCUUUGCAGUCUGGUAGCAACAUGUUUGAUGACGACACUUUGAAGGCUGUUAUCGGUUAA